GGUCAUAUAAAUAGCCCUUUAGCGGUAUUUAUUUCCUGCUUUUCUCUCUCCUCUGGAGUCCGAGUUUAGAGAGAGAAAAUGGUGACUUCUUCAGUUGUGAAUGCUUACCCUCUCUCAAGCUACACCUUCGGCACAAAGGAGCCAAAGAUGGAGAAGGAUACCUCCGUUGCUGAGCGCCUUGCCAGAAUGAGGGUCAACUAUAUGAAAGAGGGCAUGAGAACAAGUGUGGAAGCGAUUCUACUGGUACAGGAACAUAACCAUCCACAUAUACUACUACUUCAAAUUGGAAAUACCUUCUGUAAGCUCCCUGGUGGGCGUCUGAAGCCUGGGGAGAAUGAAAUUGAGGGCCUAAAACGCAAAUUGUCAAGUAAAUUGGCUGCCAAUGCUGCUGCCCUCCAGCCUGAUUGGCAGAUUGGAGAAUGUGUGGCCAUAUGGUGGAGGCCGAACUUUGAAACCAUAAUGUACCCAUACUGCCCUCCGCACAUCACCAAACCUAAGGAAUGUAAGAAGCUUUUCCUUGUUCACUUGUCUGAGAGGGAGUACUUUGCAGUGCCCAAAAACUUGAAACUGCUUGCUGUUCCCCUAUUUGAGCUUUAUGACAAUGUUCAGAGAUAUGGGCCUGUCAUCUCCACCAUCCCGCAACAAUUAUCAAGGUUUCAGUUCAACAUGAUCAAUGCAUGAAAACUUCAGAGCUUUCAGCUAUUGAUUUCCUUGACUGCUUGACUUUUGUGGCCAUCAGAUGCUCCCCAAACUAAAGCUAAAUUAUAACAGCAAUUGGUCUCUCUCUGAUGCACGAUGAACCAAGUGUUGUGUUUGAUUAAUUGACAUUGAUAACCACGAAGCCAGACACGAUACUUUGGCUGUAUUCCUGAUAGACAUGUUAUGCAAGGAUGCAUAAUUAUGUGGUGAGGGCAUCAAGUAUAUAUAUAUAUAUAGAGAGAGAGGGAUUUAAGGCAAAGUGCUCACGAAAGCUAAAGUGGGUACGAGACCACAAACAUCCGUUGCAAGAAUGCGUUCCUGUAGCCUUGAACCCACUUUUAGGACAAAGUUGGUUUAUGAACUUCGUCUGUUGACUAUAUUUUUGGGGCUUGUUAAUGGUUUCUUGAUUGAAAUGUAUGAUUGAAUUUCAUUAAAAGUUUGUGUAAUAUCUUCCUCAAGAUUUGUUUGA